AUGGCGAAAGAAACGGAUGAAAAUAAACGUCUCGAACGUUUGAUAAGAGAAUCAGAGUCGCGGCGCCAAGAAAGUCGACCCAAAACGGAGGAAAUAGAGUGUCGCGAGGAAGAGCGACGCAUGAACCAACGGGCGACUUUGGGCGAGUAUUUGUACAAUUGCCACUUCGACAUAUACCAGAAACUUGGGCUUGCUAGCUCGUCGCACUGCUUUACUGGCCUCGCUCCCUCGGUCGACGGCAAAUACUAUCCCAAGUGGCUUCGGCCCUGGCGAGCCUUUACCGACGGCCAGCGACAGGAACAUUUCAACGACGUGAUGCGCAUCAAUGGCGAGAGGCGGCUUUUCCACCAAGAAAGCACAACAAGAGAUGUUGGAGAACGCUUCACGCGCAGCAAAGCUGAUUGUAAAAGCGAGAUUCGCUAUUUUGAGUUUGUCGCUGUCGAAUGCCCUGCGCAGAAUAUUCUGGACCCACUGUGGGCUGAUGAGGGGAUGCGCCGAAAGUACCAAGCUACGGAUCUAUCAGUCAGCAGUGGUAUUCGCAACUUUCACGACCUCGAUGAUGACUUCAACCACAAACUCGACCAAGGUGUUGAAUGGCAGGUCGAGACUGGCAGGGGAAAGCAGCAACCUGACGGGGGUGGCAUCCGAACAGACUUGGACGGCAACAAAAGCGUGGCCUUUGUAUAUGAUCUGCAGGCUCCGCACAAGAUUGCCGUGGACUGUCUUGAGGCGGCUCUCGCCAAGGAACGCUAUUCGCAGAUGUCUACAAGUUGGCCUAUGCCGAGCAGGGCAUACCGGACUCGAAAACGCAAGAGGCUCAAGAAGCGCGUGUUGCCACAGCACUCAUACAACAAGUGUUAUGUCUUUCUCUUCUAUGACCGAGCAGAACCACUGGUGUUGCGCUGGCAUCUUUGCGUACCAGACAAGGCGGUGACCCGAGCAACAUCCCGCGUCCAGGUCGAUCACGAUCAGGUUUCCCACACUGCUGUCGCUGAGCUGGCCAGCUUUUGUCUCCUGAGCCUCAGCUCUCCGGCGCUUACGGGCCGUCUGUUUCAGGAGGCUGUGGAUCAGGCGGCGCCGGUUCUAAAGAAAUGGAAGACGGAAGAGUACGUGGACCCGCUGACUGGUCCAGAGCUCGAGGUCACAGAUUCGUCGUUGGCUCCGUUCCCACGGGGCACGGAUGGGGCAUGCGAUGGCAAGGACGGCAGAGUAGAGGAUCAGCAAUGUCGAAGCGCGGCGAGCACCAGCCUCAACAGGCGAGAGACAGACUCCAUCAGCAAGGGCAGUGGUGACGGCCCCGGCGGCUCUGGUUUGGCGCUCACGAGACCAUACUGCACACAGGCCUGCCUCGCUGGCCUGAAGCUGGCUCGUCCCUUGGAUAGCAGCUGCCCCAAUGUACUCUCCCAUGGUGUCCGCGGUGACGGACAGCACCCAAUCACCGCCCACGAGUUUGCCGACCUGGUGACCGAGCAGCUGCAACAGGACCCGUACCAGGGCUGCGAAGCCCUCCUCGGCCAGGGCAAGGCCGGCGCAAGUGGGGUGCUGUUCAAACUCGAGCUGGUCCAGUUUGGCUACACCUUUGUCGGCAAGGGCAGCGUGUCGGCGCGUCCGCGGCGCUUGGAGUACGAGAGCCGCGUCUACCAGCGCCUGGACAAACUGCAGGGUGAGCUGGUGCCGGUGCACAUGGGCCUGAUCUCGUUCCAUCCCGGCUACAUCUUGCCAGGCGGUGCGUACGUGGUGCACAUGAUGCUCAUGUCGUGGGCGGGCGAGAUGGCGACGGACGCGACCACGUCCAGUCUGCAGUCCGAAAUAGAGCGAUCGCUGCAUACGCUCUGUCAGAACGGCGUCGGCCAUGGGGACGAACGCGCGGCUAACUGUCUCUGGAACGCGGAGCGAGGCUGCGUCAUGGUGAUUGACUUUGAUUGCGCGAUCCUACUCCAGCCACCGAAAAACAACUCGUUAGUUAGCCUGAAAUGUAGUCCGCCUACUGCGUGUUGA